GAUGAUAACUAACGCAGCGCAGACCAUUCUGUGCGUACCGAGAAAAAGAAAAAGUAAAGUAUUAUUAUACAUUUUGUUUCUAAUUAAUGAAUACGAAAUAAAAAAUUUUUGAAAAUUAUGUGUCAAAUGAAUGGAAAAAUUUGAUUGGUGAGUUCAGUGAAUUUCAGAGAUAAAAACCUCUCCGUCGAAAUAAAAAAGCGUAUGGAAACGAGCGAGUGAUUGGAACGAGUGUGUCUGUCAAGCCAUACCGAGGGAUGUCGGGAGGCUUUGCAAAAUUUCACUACAUUCGAAAAAACUAAAGUGAAAUUAUUAAAAGGAAUUGAUGCGCAAAAUCUAAAAGUUCAAAAAAUACAAAUGGGAUAAAAUUGGAAUGGUAACGCAUAUUGUGGUGUUGAAAAGUUAAUGUUUGAGCUUAAAUUUUAGAUGAAACUUAUUUUAUCUCUUUAAUGACAUUUUAAAUGAUAAAGUGUAAUGUGAGUUAGGAAAUAAGAGAAGUGGUAAAUAUGACAAUUAAAUUGAAAAAAAAGUCGAAAUAGAAGCAGAGCAGAAGACGAAAUAGUGUGAAAUGUUAUCGAAAAAUGUUAAUGUGGACGGCGUUAGGCCUCGCUGCGCCCUCGACGUAGCAGACGUUGUCUACGCUACCUCAUGUCAUCAUAAAUAGUAGUGAAUCUCUACGCAAUUGUCUAGUUUAUUGAGCUGAAUAACGAAUUGUUCGGGCAUAAUGCAAAUAAAUCAACAUAUUUGGAGGUUUAAGUGGCAGCAUAUGUCGUGAAGACCAUAAUUGGCAGCUUUUUUAACAUUUGCAAAGAAAGAACUACAAAGUAGCUGCAGUUAUGGCCUUUAGUUGGCGGUAUCCAAACAGAACCAAGUACCGUUCUAAAGAUCCACAAGAUCCCGAAGACAGAUAUCAGCUAGAUCCAAGAAAAUCGAAUGCAGAAAAUGCUUAUGAUAUCUAUACGGCGCUAUGUUGUCGUGACACACGCGACACGAAGCGCUUACUAUUGCUUAAUGCGUUGGCCACACUCUGCCAACAACAACAGUCGGAGCAGCCGACUGCAAAGAGCAAUUUGGGCUUUAACACGGAAGAAUUGCUCUAUGGAUUAAGCGCCUCACUAAUCCACACAUUUACCCAAGUGCGUGCAGCCGCCUUGCGUACCAUACGUUAUGCGUUGGUCACACCACGUGAUGUCAAAAUAUUCAACUCUAUGCAACUUCAGCAUUUAAUAUGCCGCUCUAUCGAUGUGUUACUGAAAAAUGAUGAUGAACGUGCCCAAGCGCUGAAAUUGAUACGCAAAAUGUUGGCCAUUUCGCCGACCGAUAUCAACCCGGUACUGGUGCGUUGUUUAGUCUCACUUGCUGAUAGCGGUAUUGAUGAUGGCGAUAAUAUGCUGCGCGCCUGUCUGGCAACUCUAUGUGAGUUGGCUGUACUAAAUCCUGCAAUGUUGAUCGUCUGCGGUGGCGUUACAGCAAUUACGCGCAAUAUCCUAGAAUGUCACAAUCCACGUAUCGCUGAGAGUUUGUGUGGCGUACUGCUGUAUUUACUGGAAUGGCCACAAACGCGUAACAUAUCGGGUGUGCGGCUGGAUUGCCUCGCUGCUCCAUAUUGCGAUUUUACCUACCGUUUGGGUAUAAUGGAUAAAAAUAAAGAUGCUCGUGAAUUACGUUAUACCAGUUGCCGCUUAGCACUGUUGUCGGUACUACGCAGUUGGACGGGCACCAUUGAGUUCUGUAACCCCAGUAAGCCCUCGGGAUUGAAAGCAAUAGUAGAUACCCUGUAUCUUAAUCAAUUGGAAGUUAGAAAAGCAAUAUUGGACUUGCUUUAUGAGCUGUUAAAUGUUCCGCAACCACCCUGGACUGAUGAUUAUACGAUAGCACUACAGACAGUCGAUCCUGCAGAUUUUCAGGAUGCUUGGUUGCUCAGCAAUGGCUUUGUUGCAAUGGAAGGUCGUUUCAUAUUGCCGAGUUUGGCAGCACGUGCGCCAAAUAUUUGUGAACAACACUUAUCAUUGUUAUUAUACUGCUUUCUAGAAACUGGACUCUUAAAUGCACUAGUCGAAGUUAUCAGAUCGAGUGAUGCGCAUCUGUCUGUGCGUGCCACUGUGUUAAUCGGCAAAAUUUUGCAUUUAAUGCAUACACAUUUACCGGCUGAUAUAUGCAGUACCAGUCCGGCAUUACCUACACUAAUUUCGCAUGCAACUCAGGGUAAUCAAAAUGCCACCGCCGCAAUAUCAGCUUUACAAAAUUACCAAAAAAUGCUACGCAAUCGUCCUGCAUCGUGUAGUUUAUUUUUGGAUAGUAUUAUACAAGGGGGAUCCUUAAUACAAACACGUUUGUUUCGUCGUGAAAUCAACGCUCAGGAUCAUGCGCGUUCAUCUAGUGGUAAUUCAUUACAAACAUCUGCGAUGUCUGGCCAAUAUACAAGUGGUAGUCUACUGAGUGGCGGUCUUAUAACAAGCGAUCGCCAGCGUUUAGACUCUGUUUCAUCGAGUGAUGAGUCGAAUACGCAAGCAUCAUCGUCGCGACGUGCAAGCUUUCGUUUUAAGCGGAAACUUUUGCCAUUUUUUGAAAAUCAGCGUGUGGCAAGGUUGAUACGAGACUCAAAUGUAUUGGCUUCUCCGGAUGGCAACGGUUGGGAUUGGGAAAUUAUUAUCACUAUAUUGCGUUCAAAUAUUAUGCGCCGUUUAGAUGACACGGCGAAUAAUUUUCUAAAGGCUCUUUUGGAUUAUUAUAAACCGAGCAAAAAUCGUUUCUCUCAUCAAGACUUGGGAAGACCUGGCAGAUCAAUACCACCAUUCGUAGUUGCUGGAUUGGAUUUUAUUGAUUGGCUGCUGGCCAGUCCAAUGAUGGAGAGCAUUCGUAUACUCACUGAUUAUUUUUCGGAUAUAAGCAAACAACUGCUGGCCGUCAGCACAUCAAAUCGCCCACACGACUGUCUCUUUAGUCCACAACACAUGACCAGUACAAUGUGUCAGCAGUAUUUUUUAUACAUUGGCCGCAUGUGUCGCGCACAAAAGGGUAUUCGGAUUUUAACCGAUACGGCUGUUUUUGAGCACUUAAUAAAUUUAGUGCGUAACACGGAUUAUGUUUGCUAUGUGAAGCUAGCUGUCACUGGUCUAGAUUACUCCUUAGAAUCGGUAACACGCAAAGUGCUGGAGAAGGCUUUAACUACGGCCAAAGUUCGUAGUGGACGUUUGUAUGCCACACAGUUUUUGACUGUAUUAUUACGUGCACGUCUACAUAACUUCGAGGUUUGGGGCAUACCAUUGAUUAUUCAACAAACGAAGGAUCAAGAUCGUAGCGUAGUUCUAGCGGCAUUGGAUGUGCUUGAAGAGGCUUGUCACGAAAAGUAUUAUCUCGAGGAGAUUGUUAGCACAUGGCCGAAUCUAAAGUCACUCGGCGAUGGCGGACGAUUAGUAAUGGCGCGUUAUUAUUCGCUUUCACGUGGCUUAAAUCAUUUGAAGGCGCGCAUACAAGAUGAGAUUGAGUACUGGAAGAAAGGCUAUAAUAAGAAAUAUGUUCUGCUUGUCGAGGCUAAUACACAUUCCAGUUUAACAUUACACAUACGCAAUGAAGAUGGGCAUUACAGUCGUCGCAAUUGCAAUACCCGACCAAUUAUAAUUCCACCAAAUAUACCACCUCAUCUCUAUGGUCAAAUGGUGCAAACAGCCCAGGGUACGACGGCAUUAAAAAAAUAUGGCGACUUAGCAUAUUUAGUUGACGUGGUGAGUCGAGGGAAAUGUACAGACGAUGUGGAGUGCUUGGAAUUGAAGUCAGCUAUUUGGGCUGUGGGGCAUGCAUCAACGCACUCGAAUGGAAUUGAAUAUUUCGUUGAUUCAGGAUCGAGAAUCUACGAAAAAUUGGUAAUACUAGCCACAAAGUGUGUUGUGUACUCGAUACGCGCCACUUGUUUCAGUGUGUUGGGUUUAAUUGGUGGUACCAACGAUGGUGCGAAUAUCCUAUACAAGCUAAAUUGGUUGAGUGUACGUCAUGAUCGUAAUACAGUUUGGCCCGUACAUCAGCCAGAAGAUUGGAUGUCAAAUAAUUAUACGCCAGUGCGUCAUCAUUACGAAGAUAUGCCGCCAUACAAUUAUACAGGUAUUGAUGAUCAAAUUGAUGGUUCCUAUACCGGCAGCUAUUGGAACUUGAUUUUGAGUAGUAGUAGCACAACCGGUCAUGAUGGCGGUGCGGCUAGUGCUAGCUCAGAAGCGCAAGAUGCAAAUACUACAGCGGAGAGUAGUAAGACUAGUGAUGAUGUAGUUGCUACAACAAAACCACCACUACAGACACAAGUUGCCGCAGUUGCAGCAAAAUCAAAAACUUUACCAGAAAGUACAUAUAUGCGUUAUGGCAAACAUCAGCGCUCAUUGUCUGAAUCGAAAACUACUGAUGUGAUCAGCCUAAUAAGUGGCACGCAUUUUGGUGCAAUCGGUGUACAACAUGCGGGGCAUCGUGUGCGCUAUAACUCUUGCACCGAUUCGAAUACAUCGGGCGUUAGCAGUUGUGAGUCAGUUACGAUGCGUAUACCAAUAGGUGAUCUUCCACAAUUUCCGCUAAGUCCUAUACCGAGCAUGUCGAAUCUUGUUGUUGAUGUACAACCACAAAGAAGUCUCCUUUUACGUGGUACCUCUUUGGUUGGCGCCUCCUAUUUGAAUACCUCACUCAGUCCUGCGGAUAUAAAAGGUUAUGCACAAUUACGUUCAUUGCGAAAAUACUGCCGGCCGAUGGUUUCUGAGUCGGCAACUGAUGUUUACGAUAUUAUCGAUCGCAUAGAGUUCCUCUCAUUAGGUUCCUCUGUGAUGCGGCCACGGAAAUCUUCCUUUGGUGAAUCACAGCGUCGCAUGAAAGUGCGUAGCUUGGAUCGGCAAUCUUCUCUGCGUCUGCCGCGUCUGGAUUUCGAAGAACUGCAGCAAGUACCACUGCCCACAUUGGCUACGCCGAAAUUUUUAGCACAAAACGAUUUGAAGGGUCCAUGUUAUGCUGGUAUUUGUCUUCCGAAAAAUCUACUUGAUCUCUUCCCCACACGUAGUCACGGUCGCACUUACGUGUCCCGCGACAUUCAAGAUCAGGAUUUGAUGGAUAUAAAUUUGCUGACUGCAAAUCAACAGUUCCUCAACGAUUCUCUCAAUAAUGAGUGCGGUGAUGAGUCUUCGGUGAUUUCAUCACUCUCUGACGUUUCAUCGGUUAGCAAACGCUCAAAAUGGCUGGGCGCUAAGCAUGGUCGUAAUAACUGCCUGCAUUGCUCGCGCGCUAGACGCAAUCGUACACAUUCACAACGUCUUGACUGUGAUGCAGCCGCCGGUGUCGCACUUGCCACUGGUGGUGAAAUUUAUACAAGCAGUGGUACACUAGUCGGUGUACCGACAUCCUCACAUGCCGUGCGUAAGCCUCAAAAGCAACAGCCAGCCACACAACAACUAACCGUUGUACAAACAUCGCAAGCGAAAACGACGUCACAGCCACCACAACAAUCCAUACAAAGCUCGUCGACUAUACAAUUAUCAGACAUCUCGUUUAACUCUCCUGAGAGUAUGCUUAGCGAGGAGAGUAUGCCCGAUCGCCUCACUGCUAAUAUACUCUUUAACGUACAGCGUUUGGCGAACCCAGUCAGCGCUAGACUAUCGAAAAAGGCACUACUGGAAUUGAAACAGAAACAUCCAGCUGCUUUUCAAGAUAUUUGCCUUUAUUCAGAGGUGUGUAGAUCUCUGGGCCGUAGUAGUUAUCGCAUGAGCGCACGUCGAUUUCUACAAGAAUUGUUCCUGGACUUAAAUUUCGACUCAUUUUAUACGGAGCCAACAGAUAUAUUAUCAAAAAAGGAGAAACAAAAUCUUUUUGUGGCAUUUUUAGAACGAACUGAGUCUGAAAGACCACAAGAACAAAGUAGUAACGCCCGCAGCACAGCUAAAGCUACUGCCACCGGUACAUGUGCCGUUGGUGAGUUGAGUGGUGGACCUCCAAAGGUAUUAACAGCCCAAACACUGUCGGGCCUAAGUGGUUACAUACCUGCGCAUAAAACGGCAACACAUCUUGGUGGUAAAUUGCAACCACUCGCUAGUGUUUACGAGGCUAGCUGUGAAAAUCUCCUGCAGGAUACAGCAACAAAGCUUGAAUUAAACGCAAAAUCUAAGCUAAAAGGUGAUAAAAUAGAUGUACGUUCAAAGAUGGCUAAAAAUCUUGGAGCAACAAAAGUUGCAUCGAGUGUUGCUUCGUCGUUGGGCCGCGAAGUACAUAAUGAGCUGCGCAUAACCUGCGAUAGUGAUGAGAGUGAUUACGAGGAUGCUAACCGUACACCACAAUGGAUAACGGUACCAUCAGUGCCAGCCAAUGACGAUACCGAUGAAGUGGAUGGCCUUACGAUACAACGGUGCUCCAUUACCCCUGCCUCUUCAACGACUGCGGCAUUUUCGUGUAAUACAACAUGUACAAGCACAGCCUCCAGUCAACCGACGAUAAGCAGUAGUAAUUGUAGUAGCGAACAAACGACUAAUAGCAGUAAUCGCAGCAGUAUUUGUACGGUUUCUCGACAACCAACAAUGGCCAGCGGAUUUUCGGACAACAAUAUGGAACGUGUUAACCUAAAUAAUAACAACAACAACAAUAACAAUAUCAUCAGUAGUAGUAGUAGUAGUACAGCAAAUACUAAUGUGAUCACGAGCAGUAACAACACGAAUUUUAAUGCGAAUAUAAGUACGAGUGUGAGUAGCGGCAGCAUUGGCACUAGCAUCAGUACUACCAGCGCUUGUGGACUUGUCGGUGGAACAAACAACAGCAGCAGUAAAGGUGCUGGAGCAGUUAUAUUAGAGAACCAAAAUAAAAAGUAUACACGCGGACGUUUUUAUACGCUUGAAUUGGACUUGAGUUGUACGAAAAAUAAAUUUCCCAUUACAGAUCGUAGCCGUAAUAGUGCGAAUUGGCAAACGGAAAGCACUGUCGCUGUCGCUAGUGCUGCUGGUGCUGCUGCUGCCGCUGCUGGUACUACAACGACAUCCACUGCCGUAAACUCUACUGUUAAGACAAUUUUGCGGCGUAAAGGCUGUACGGCGGGUGCUGGCGUUGAAGAGAAUGGCGGAAAAUCCAUUGAAGAUGCAAAUAACCAAAUAUCCCCAUCCCUCAUAAAUACAAAUACAAAUACAAAUACAGAAUCGUCGACGAGCUCGGCGAGCAACACCAAUUUCCAUUAUCGAUUGCCAAUCAUGCGACAAUCAUACACGGCGGGCAUUGCGCCACAAAUGCAAUAUACAAAUACAGACGCCGGAUAUAGCGAUCUUGCCUGUAUUACGUCUACAAAUAGGAAUACCGUUAGCGAGGAUGUGAUUAACUCGACAAUUGUUAAGGAAAAUAUACCGUCGAUUAAUCAGCCAACAACAAACACGACAACAUUAACAAUAACAAAAAGUUUGGCUGCGUCGCUGGCGAAGCCUAUUGGUAGUUUGUACUGUGAGAAACGAUUGCAAGCGUUGAAGGUGGAUGUUAAAGCAACUGAUACAUAAAUUUACAUCAAAUAGUAUCUAUUGUUGUUAUAAACAAAAACAACAACAACACCAACAACAACAAAUUGUAUUUAUAACCAAAACCCAAAUAUUUCAGUGUUUUGAGUUACAAUCACUGGUCUUCAUUCAUAACAUUAAAGCGCUGAUCAUUUGAAUUUAUGUUUUUGAACAAUAGAAAUUGUAAUAUACAUAUAUAUAUAUAUAGAGUGUGUGUGUGUAUGUCUAGGUAGUAUAGUCUGUGAUAAAAAAAGUAAUUUCUUUAUCAAGACAAAACAAGUCAGGCCAGAAUGUUUGAAAAUUCCUAAGUUAUGGUAUUUAAAAAUAUACAUACAUAUGUGAAAGAUGGAAAUACACUUCAAUCAAGCAUCAUUGUAUGACAACUGAAAAAUUAAUUGUUUUGCUUUUAAUAAUAUACUUUGCUUUACAACUAUUGAUUCAGAAAAGACUAUGAAAUUGUAACUAAUGUACGUAUUCUGUAAGCAACUUUAUAUAAUAUUUUUCUCCUUUUUAAUAUUAAUUUAAUUUUUUUUUUCGAAAUUAGACAUAUGU